AUGGGCGACGCCGAUGGGUACACCCUCGUCCCUCCACCCUGGACUCUCAAGGGCACAGUCUAUCUCUUCGCAUUCUGGACCACUAAGUCCCAAGCCGCCAACCCUCCAUCCUUCGCGUACUCCCCCCUCGAGGCCUCUGCGGGCUACGCAACCCCAGAGGGCAGCCGCCACCUCGGCGGCCUCAGCAUGAUCCAGCUCAUCCGCUACACCGAGUCGCCCGUCGGCCCCUACGACGAGCUCAUCCUGAGCCCCGGCUUCCAUGAGUACACCGUCGAGGAGGCCGGCAAGCGCGUCAAGAAGCGCAACGCCCGCAUCACCCGCAUCUACGUCUCCCAGCGCCAGACCUGCUGGAACGGAAGAAAGAACUGGAACAUUCCCAAGCACCUCGCCGCCUUUGACUGGCAGGACCAUCAAGACGGCAGCACCACCAUCAAGGUCUACCCGCACGACACCGAGCCGGUCAUCUCGGGCGUCGACGCAACUCUCGCCCAACCCACCCCUGCCCCUCUUGUUAGGGGUAGCCACGGCGAGUUGCCAGGCACCGAUCGCUGGUGCGACGUUGCGCCGGAUCAGUCCUCGCGCAGGUCGAGCGUUGGAUGGUUUGACCUCCGCCAGACCGACGAGCAGGGGAAUGUAGUUGGGGAGCAUGAGAACUUCUGGCCUGGCUUCUGGCGUUGGCAUCUCGGCGUCAAAAUGGAGGAUGCCGAGAUCGGAUUUGGAGAAGGGAAAUAUUGGGAUGCGCCCAAGUCGUUGCUUUGA